AUGGAGUCGAAACAUGAAGCGUCGAGUGUGAUUUUAAAAUUGAUGGGACUUGAUAAAGUGGCUUCCCGAUAUGAACCUGUUAGAGAUAGACCGAAAGUUUUAUCGGAGGAUUACUUGCAGAAAGUUUCUUCUAUUGGUGUUAGAAGGAAGCGUUCCUUUCGUCAGUAUGGUUCUUUAGAAAUGAGUACUUAUGAGAAGGACGGUUCUGAUGAUGUUUUGAUGGUGGUUGAAUCAUUAGUAAGGAGUGAUAAGAACCAUAGCUCGUCGAAGGGAAAUGGAAAAGAGAAUUUCUCGUUGUUUCGAACUAAGGUAGAAGAUGUGCCACAGGAAACAAGUGUGAAAUCUGAGCAGGGAAAUUUGCUGCAUCUACAGAAAAUGGAUGAUGGGUUGCGAAGUGUUGUGCAUGGAAAAGAUGGAUUGUGUGAAACAUUUCGGUUUUCGAAAUUUCAAUUGGAUCGGAAGGAUUUAACUUUUGACUCGAGAUUUUCUGUUUCGAAAGAGAAUCCUGAAAAGGAAAGAAAUGGUAAGAGUAAAAGCAACAUUAGAUAUAAGGUUGGGUUCGGUUAUAGCUUUUCCAGAAAAGUUCCAACGACAAAACGUCUUGCUGAUAAUCGUGGAACUAUGACUAAGGAUGACUUGUUUCAGAAAUAUUGGGGUUUAAGUAAGAACGUGUCUGCAAAUCGAUCAACCGAGAAGUCGGAAGAUAUGAACAUAAAGUUGAAGAAGAGAUGUUAUGGAAAUGAUUUGUUCGAAAAAGAACCAAUGCUUUCUCAAUUGUCAAGCCCUGAUACUUCUCCUGCUUUCGUAGACGGUCAAAUCUUGCAGCAGACAUGUUUAAUGAACGAAGAUGCGAAGAACAACGAAGACAGUAACAUGUCUGAGAAAAUUGUCUUCUCUGUUGAUUCAUCGGUUGAUUUCUUGGUAUCUGAUGUGAAGACUAAGGUUGUUGGUUACUCUGAUAAUAAUCCAACCACAAAGCAAUCUGAAUCAACGGCAUGUGUGAUGAUGCACGGAGAUUGUGAUUCUUUAAGUCACGCUUCAAAGCAACAGGAAACGUUGGAAUUUCAAGAAGAUUCUGUGUAUUCACUUGUCUCCGGGGCUGAUGGAGAUUCUGUCAGUAACUUCCACGAGGGAUAUGAACCUAGUCCAAUUUCAGUUCUGGAUUCCACAUUUAGCGAAGACAUUUCAGUUAUAUCUGAAUGCGGUGCUGCUGGUGUAUAUGAUUCCUCUGAAGUUGACGAUGAAGAACUUGAUUUGAAUGUUUCAAGUGAUGAAGAUUGCGGGAAAGAGUGUAUAGCCGAUUUCGAAGAGAAGAGAGAUAUAGUAGGCUUUUCUAGAACAGAAGAAAGUAGAGACUUCUCCUAUGUUGUUGAGGUCUUAACCGAAGCAGGUAUAUCUAAUGCAAGCUUGUUCAGAGAUUUUUCAACAUGGCACUCUGCGGAAUGUCCUAUCAGCCCUUCCAUCUUCGACACCCUAGAAAAGAAAUUCGGCGAGCAACAACUUUGGAAAAGAUCUGAAAGGCGGCUUCUUUUCGAUCGUAUUAAUUUAGGUUUGUUAGAUAUUCUACACCCACAUCUAUACAUUCCAAUGUGGGAAACGCCUGUAUCAAGAAGAUUGAACACUGAAUUAAGACCAGAUAUGAUUGAGGAUGAGAUGUGGGAAUUGCUUGUUUCGCAAGAAAAGAAAGCUGGUAAGGAGUCGAUAGACAAUAUGCUUGGAGGGGAAAUUCGGUGGAUAGAAUUAGGCGAAGAUGUUGAAGGUUUUGUUAGAGAGGUAGUUAAGGUGUUAAUAGAGGAGCUUGUAGAUGAUAUAGUUAGGUUAGAGAAUAUUUGA